UCAUUUCUCAUUUCUCAUUUCUCAUUUCUCAACUCACUCUCCCCAAGUCCCUAGUCUAUUUUAAUUUUUCUUUUCCUCUCACAAAUCACACUUCCUCGAACCUUCUCUGCUCUUGUAUUCCCUAUGAUCUCUGUUUCCGUGAAAACCACGCAUAUAUCGUGAUGGAGAUUAUAUGAGCUCCCUCUCAUUAUCGGUUUCAUUAUUUUAAAUCAUUUUUAAUUAGAGAGAGAGAGAGAGGGGUAUAUAUUCAAUAUCCAACCAUUUUUAAUUUUCGAGAGAUGAGAUGAGGCCGAUGCAGCUCCCACCGCCAACCAGGGACCGUCCGCAGCGUCGCCGGAGGGACCUCACGCUCCCGCUGCCCAAGAGGGAUACCAAUUUGGCGGUGCCGCUGCCGCUGCCGCCGACGAACACGGGAGCCAACCAGAACAAGAACCAGAACCAGAACCAGAACCAGAACCAGAACCAGAACCAGAAUCAGAAUCAGAAUCAGAACCAGAACCAGAAGCAGAACCAGAAGCAGCAGCAGCAGCAGCAGCAGCAGCUGGAGAUCCCGUUCUCGGAGCUGGAGCGGCUGAACCGAAUAGGGAGCGGGAGCGGGGGGACGGUGUACAAGGUGGUCCACAGGACGAGCGGGAGGGUGUACGCGCUGAAGGUGAUAUACGGGCACCACGAGGAGGCGGUGAGGAGGCAGAUCCACAGGGAAAUCCAGAUCCUGAGGGACGUGGACGAUCCGAACGUGGUGAAGUGCCACGAGAUGUACGACCAGAACAGCGAAAUCCAGGUGCUGCUGGAGUUCAUGGACGGAGGGUCUCUGGAGGGGAAACACAUCCCGCAGGAGCAGCAGCUGGCGGAUCUGUCGAGGCAGAUUCUCCGGGGGCUGGCCUACCUGCACCGGCGGUACAUCGUGCACCGGGACAUCAAGCCCUCCAACCUCCUGAUAAACUCGAGGAAGCAGGUGAAGAUCGCGGACUUCGGGGUGGGGAGGAUUCUGAACCAGACGAUGGAUCCGUGCAACUCGUCGGUGGGGACGAUCGCCUACAUGAGCCCCGAGAGGAUCAACACAGACAUCAACGACGGGCAGUACGACGCGUACGCUGGGGACAUAUGGAGCUUUGGAGUUAGCAUCCUCGAGUUCUACAUGGGCAGGUUCCCCUUUGCUGUUGGGAGGCAGGGCGACUGGGCCAGCCUCAUGUGCGCCAUUUGUAUGUCUCAGCCUCCCGAGGCCCCUCCCGAGGCUUCCAUCCACUUCCGAGACUUCAUCUCCCGCUGCCUCCAGCGCGACCCCUCCCGCCGCUGGAAGGAAAGCUCGCGAAUUGAAAUUGUCAUUUUUACCUGUGCUGCAACCUUUUCAAAAGGAAGACGUUUUACUUUUGAGUUACUUGACACUAUAUUUCUCCAUUCUGGUUUUGCAAAUUUCCUUAUUCCGGAUUUGGUUAUGCAUUUCCCUCUUCCUCCAUUGGGUGUGGUUUCAUAG